GCCGUCCCCGCCUGUCGAACUCGAGACCGGAGCGCGCCUUUCGCGGGAGCGCGCGCAACUCACAGGAACAGCAUACUGACUUACAUUGUUUUGAGCAAAUGAUCAAUUCAACUUUAGAGAUUUGUCUUUCCUUUAAAGGUGCCUUAAACUACAUUUCCCAUAAAGUGACCGUCAAAGUCACAGUGCUCAUGCCGUAUCCAGGAAGUUGAGAGCAGUUGUCAGGUAAACAUUUAACCGCACCGAGUGGUGACAAACAUGGAUGAAUUAUCUUUUUCACAAAACGCAGGGAAAUGUCGGAGUCAGGCAAGCCUCUUUUUUGCAACGCUAUAUUUUCAUCGUAGCUGUCAUUAGCAUUAAGAAUGGAUCUCGCGUGUCGCCGCCAAGUUCGGCCUGGUUCUGGCCGGGUCCGGGUGACUGUGAUGGAUGACUCAGGCCCCCUCAACCCAGCUCCUGCCCCGAAAGUUCGUGAGGAGGCUGGCAAAACAGUCGAGCUCUAUUCGCUCCAGGAGAGGCUGGAAUUACUGUGUGGAACAAAAGAUCUGUCACGGGUGUCCUCACUGGAAAUGUGCGUGGAUACUCAAGAAAACAGCCUGGGUAACUUUGGUUCUUACUUGCCAAGGCUGGUGCUUCUCAGAAUGAACAACAGUGUACUCACGUCUGUACGAGACCUUGGAAUCAGCUUAUCCCACCUACAGGUUCUUUGGAUGUCUUCCUGCAGCCUACAAGAUUUGGAUGGCAUUUCGACUCUCUCUUCUCUCAGGGAAUUGUACUUGGCCUUUAACAAAGUGACAGACCUGAGUCAGGUUGGCAUGCUGGAGAAUCUACAAGUGUUAGAUCUUAAAGGAAAUAAUGUAGAUGACCUUGUCCAGGUUCAGUAUCUCGGGUUGUGUGGCAAACUACAGACCCUCACCUUGGAAGGAAAUCCUGUGUGUCUGCGGCCAAACCCCACGACUACACAAAUUGACUAUAGUUAUUGUGAUGCAGUGAAGGAGUUGGUUCCACAGCUCCGUCACCUUGACAAUGCAAGAGUGGAAGAUGGCAGGUUCGGCCCAAGCAGCACCCCGUGGGAAGACUGGGCUAUUCUCCAAAACUGCCUACGGGACUCCUCUCCAGCAUCGACUAAAGACCAGGCAGAGGCAUCUAGCCGGCCCAGCUCAGCCAGGCAUUCAAUCUCCAGCUUCUGUGCCAUCUCAUUGGCAAGCACAACUGGAUCCAGACCUGUAUCGGCAACCUCCUCUGGAUUUCUUUGCUCCCCAGUGUCCAUAGAUUGUUCUGUGGAUUCAGAGUUAGCUGAAGUCGAAGAAGACGGCAGCCUCUUGACGCAUGGAGCUGGCAAGAUUCUGUUCUGUGGAAACCCUAUCAGGGCUAUCCGAGCAAGACGUGAAAAGUUGAGGAUUGGACCCUGUAUAUCUACUUCUAUCCCCCGUGAUCUGUCCAUGUAUGCACCAGCGCACAUGUAUGACCCUCAAGACGCUGAUACAAAAGAGAGUGGUGAUGUACUUGCUGAAGUUAGCGCUUGGAGGGAGAAACACAGCCGGUUUCUCCAAGCAAUAGAAAGAGAUAGACUUUCAGAGAUAUUGGUUGUUCGGCAUAGCAACGACAAUGAGGCCGAUCAUGAUGAGGAAGUGGAAGGAUUUCAUGUUCUAAGCAGUGACAGUUGUGCUGAAGAACAUUGUGUGGAUAGCCUAGACACAACGCCAUCUAAAUCAUCAUCUUUCAAGACUGUUUGUACAGAUGAGUUUAAAUCUGAGUCAUUUGAUGUAGAUCACCUUUUCUGUGACAUCACACGUUCGCCUUGUCCUCCUCUAAGUUCAAAAUCAGCCUCUGUUCGGAACAAGCCCAUAGGAAUCCAUGCACGUAGGAUUCAAAUUAAUCUGGUGAAUUCAGAACAUAAGCCUCAUUCCUGCAGUGAAGGGCACAAAGUUGUGAACGUCACAAGUACAAGUACUGCACAGACAGACCUGCCAUUGAAGCAGGUCACAAGGACAAAUAAGUUUCAACCAUCAUCAUCUAGAGGAGGACGGCUCAAGAAUUCAUGUGUAGAGAUGGACUUGGGCACCCUGGCAAGAAACGUGAAGUGUCAAAGCUCCUGGACAGAGCAGCAGCUUCAAGUCCCUUCAGACUGAGCACACAUUGAGACUGACACCAGAAUUAGCAAAAGUCUGGACUAGAGAUGUUAUUCAUGCUUUGUUGAAACCUCUUCCUCAGAGGUGACAAUACUCAUUCAAUAAUUGAGGCCCUCCCACAAAGAUGUAAAAACAAAGAAAAAUCACUUGACUAUUAACUGUCAUUGUGUCUUACGGUGACUUGUUACUUUUACCUCUCUUAUGACCUUUUAAUAGGAAUGAGAAACUGUAACUGAAAAAAAUGCUGGGCAGUAAUGAUAAAAAAAGCAGGUUUUUUUUUCCAGUUUCUGAGGAUAUAUUUGUGCAUUUUUAUUUAUAUUGAUAUUUGUAUUGCUACGUAUGUUGUAUAAUGCUCAAAUAAGAAAUGUGAUUGUAUAGCAAACUUUUAAGUUUAAAAAACGGUUGGUUUGAAUAUUUCUCUGCUGUCUGAACUGGUGGCACAUGUGAUAGCCUUCUGUGCCACUUGAGGGCACUAUGCCUAAACAUUACAUUGCAGCAGGCUUGAUGAGAAGACAAGGAGACUGGAGUGAGUUCAUCCUAUUAAUUCAGCAGAUAGCUAGAAUACCUUUUUGGCUAAAUGGCAGUAGGAACGUAUUCCAAGCCAAGGUCACAGAGAAGAUGUUAGCCUUUGUCAGGGAAACAGGAGGUAUUCUAGUCUCACUGAA